CUGAGCUGCUCCCAAACUUUGGUGGAAUCUCCUCCUUCCCCAAACCCCAAGUGCCCCCCUGGUCCGAGCUGGCACGUUCAGAGGCCCCUCCUCUUCCUCCUCCUCCUCCUCCUCUCCCGGGUAUUUAAUCCAGCCCUGGAUGCCCGAAUCUGUGGGAAUCCCAUUCCUUUUGUUCCCGAGCAUCCCCAGCUGCUCCUGCACAGCCCCACGGACGGACAGACAGGCCAAAGGAGACUCUCAAGAAGGUCCCUUCAGAACAGCAGGAAUUUCUGCCCCAAUGGAUAAAGGUCUUCAYUUCACCAUCUGUGUGAUCACAACCGUGCUGCUCCUGAGGGAAUCAAGCCAGGCAGGAGCUGGCAGGAAUGAUGACUCUGUCAAUAAGGGUGCUGACUCCAGGGGAGUGGGCGAGGGGCUCCCCACCCUGACUGUCACAACGAUCCUGGAGGAUCCGUAYGUGAUGGUGCGGGGAGCGGAGCUGGAGGGAUACUGCAUGGACCUGCUGGCAGCCCUGGCGGCGAUGCUGCGCUUCCAGUACCGCGUCAAAGUGGUGGCAGACGGCAAAUACGGGGCUGUGGCRGCCGGGGGCAACUGGACAGGCAUGGUUGGCGAGGUUCUGAGAAGGGAAGCUGACAUUGCCCUGGCCCCGCUGACCGUCACCUCAGCCCGGGAGGAGGUUGUGUCCUUCACCACGCCCUUCCUGCAGACCGGCAUCGGGAUCCUGCUCCGCAAGGACUCGGCCUCCCAGGACAUGUCCUUCUUCCACUUCCUGGCUCCUUUCAGCAAGGAAACCUGGACUGCUCUUUUAUUUGCUUACCUGCUCACCAGCUUCUGCCUCUUCCUCGUUGCCAGACUGAGCCCCUGUGAAUGGAGUGAGCCCAAGAACGAGGARAAUCACUUCACUUUGCUCAACAGCCUCUGGUUUGGGGCGGGAGCGCUCGCCCUGCAAGGUACCACCCCCCGGCCCCAGGCGCUCUCGGUGCGGGUCAUCGCCGUGGUCUGGUGGCUCUUCACGCUGGCCCUGCUGGCCGCCUACAUCGCCAACUUCACGGCCCUGCUGGGCGCCGGCAGUGAGCAGCUCCCCAUCCAGACCUUCGAGGACCUGGUCAAGCAGAGGAACCUGGAGUUUGGGACSCUGGAGGGCUCCUCGACUUUCUACUACUUCAAGAACUCCAAGAACCCGGUGCACCAGCUGAUCUAUGAGUACAUGGAGAAGAGGAGGGAGCACGUUCUGGUCAAGACCUACCAGGAGGCCGUGCAGCGYGUGAUGGACUCCAACUACGCCUUCAUCGGCGAGUCCAUCUCGCAGGACCUGGCGGCCGCSCGCCACUGCAACCUCAUCAGGGCCCCCGAGCUCAUCGGGGCCAGGGGCUUUGGCAUUGCCACCAGCCAGGCCUCCCCCUGGACCAAGCCUCUGUCCAUCGCCAUCCUCAAGCUGCGCGAGUCGGGCGACCUGGACUACCUGCGCAACAAAUGGUGGGAGAGCAGCUGCCUGCGCCACAGCCGCGAGCACUGGGGGCCGCUGGAGCUGCCGGCGCUGGGAGGGCUCUUCCUCACCCUGGGCAUCGGCCUCGCCCUCGGCAUCCUCGCCGCGCUGGCCGAGCUCUUCAGCAGGAGCCGCCGCACGGCCUCGCAUGCCAAGAAAUCUUGUUGCUCUGUUUUCACAGAAGAAAUCUGCACUCGUCUACGCAUAAAAGAACCCGCCAGACAGAGCCAGGAGACCUCAGGGAAGGCAAAUGCUUAAGGAUUUUUUGCUUCAGGAAUGGGCCUGGGUUAGGGUUGUGCCACGUCAUAGGAGCUGUAUCAGUGUAGGAAGAUGUUUUUCUGCUAGUCUAGAGUGUUAGUUUGCUAAUURCACACAGAGCACUUCUGCAGUGGUGGUGGAGCUGCAGACAGAAGGAAAUUAAGUGCCUUGAAGAAUUUACAUUGAUAAGGGGUAGAGUGGAACUGACAAAUUGCUAAAGURGAGCUGAGCUGGCCAGGAUGGUGGAUCCAUGUUUAUCUUAGAYGUUCACCCUGUAAGUCCAUGAAGGCCUGGAGGAGGAAGUGACUGGGGACAGGUUAAUGUGAAGCCUCUGCUACUAAUUCCUGUGUGAGGAACUGUCGUGGAACAUUAAAGCUCUUGUCUGUCUCUUGUAAUCAGGAGCAACAGCUUAAGCACUCAGCUAGAAAUAGCCUGAUCCUGCCCUGUGUGAGCAGGAGGUGCUGGUUCCUGGGAAGGCAAUUCCUGAAUCAGAACUGACAGUGCUGUUGUAUAACCCCAAACAGGCCCUCCCUGCACCCCAAACCUGAGCAGGGGAGCCCCUGCCCCCAAGAAACCACUGGAAUUACACAGUGCCAGGCAGGGCUUGUCCUUCGUCCCUUCCCGUCACAGGACAAGGGUCAGUGUUUGGUGACAGAGGAUGUUUUGUUCUCGUUGCCCAAACACUGAGGAUUCUCAGUGGGAAUCCAUCAGUGGCAGAGCAGGGAGGGAGGGUGGGGAUGAGUCAAACACAGCCCCAGUGCCCCUGCAAGGGGAGAUGUGAGGGCGUUUUGCAUCAUUCCCCUGCUCUCAAAGAAUGCUGCAAGUUCAGGGGAGCAGUUUUCUCAGCUGCAUGUUAAACACUUUCCUCAUUAAGCUGUUUUUCCUUUCAGAGCUGGGAUGACUGAGGCAUGUAAGUGUCAGGGCAAAUUGGUGGUUAAACCACUCCAUUUCUGCACUGCACAGCUGAAGGAGGGAAAAAGCAAAUUGGGUUCCUUGGGAAUGGCUGUAAUUGCACUGCAGGAACAAAGACACCAAUCCUUGUCAGUCCCAGCAGGGAUAACUGAAGGCAACACAAACCAGGGGGUGCARCUGGGUGAUCCUGAAUCCUGCACAUUCCCUGAGAGGGGAACUGAGUGAGACUCAGCUGCUGUGAAGGAAUUUGGUGUAGCUGCAGGAUUCCCUCCCACCUACCUGCUGAUGGGAAUAAAAACAGAGUUAGGAAUUCCAGGUGUUGGGAAACCAGGGUUGGUCCUUAUCUCAGACUGCAACAGCUCUGGCUCAGACACAGCCUGAGCAAUGUCUGURGGGUGAGAAGGUGGAUCAGCCCUUCCAUCAACUGAGCUGCACAGAGCAGGAGAGAUUUAGGUAAGUGUAAAAGCUGAAAAUGCAACGUCAGGUUCA